AUGAACAUCAAUGCAUCUGUGUUUCACUUUGUUUCCUCUCACUACAGACUACAACACAGUUUCAGUGAAACUGACACUGAAACUGAACCAUUCAGCGUUGCUCAGGUUCAGGGCAUUCAGACGAGAAACAAAAAGAAGUGUAUAAUACUCAAAAGUUGGAGUGUGAUAAGAAAAAUAAUGAUCAAAAACGAUAACGAUAAUGAAGAUUGCAGUGAGUUGCUUCAUCAGGCAGCUCUGUUUGGCAAUGCGGAGUUAAUGGAAUCUCUGUUAUUAGGAACUUCCAGAUGUUCAAUUGACAACCAGGAUUCUUAUGGACGCACUCCACUCUACACUACAAUCACUAACAACAGCUUAAAGUGCUGCCAUUUACUUCUCAUGGCUGGAGGUGUAUACGGAGAAACAAUGCUUAUGCGAGCAAUCUUCAUUUCAUGUAACCAGACUGAAAAACAGAAAAAAUUUUACAAAAUGGUUAAAACUGCCUUGCAUAUAGCUUCAAAAGAAAACAAGAAGCAGUUCGUGGACCUGCUACUUGAGUACAGCGCUGAGACGAACAUCAGAGACGAUUCUGGAAGGAUGGCCAUUGAUGUUGCUAUUGAGCACAACAGCACAGAUUGCGUUGAAUCGUUGCAGAUGCAACUUGAUAUUAACCUGAUGAAAAAAACUGAGUCGGAAGGAGGUAGAUUAAAAUCAUGA